AUGGCAGUGCGAUGGGAUGUAUUAUUCAGAACGGUACCGCUGUGGAAUCCUCUGUGCGAUGGGAGCUCGCAUGUCCGAUGCAUUAAUGAUACGGUACUAAUGGAUCAGGGACACUGCCUCGUUGGAUUAAUAUUACAGAUCCCAGUUCGCGAGUUCACAAAUGAUCCCCAUGCAACCGGCUUCACAAAUGCUGUUUGUGAGUGCGAAUUCGGAGCUCGAUUGUCCAACAUGGCACGACACAUGUUAAAGCGAGCUUAUGUAUAA